AUGCACCCAUACAGCUCAUUCGUGAUCCACCAAAACCAACAAAACCCAUCAAGACUGAACUCUCUUUGUGACUUCCUCAACAAUCCUCAGUCAGAUCAGCAUGUUAGUCGACUGGGUGUGUUGGAGUUUACUCAACUGAAUUCUCCACCUGUCUAUCGCACACUUGACCAUCAGAGCUUGCGCGAAGUUGUCUCCGAGGAUAUAGUGAUUACAGAGGAAUGUUCGCUAUAUGGUCGUAUCGUUCUUGUUGAGAAUAUCUCGCGUGGUAUCGUGGAAAUCUUGGGUUGGGCGUUGAGAAUUGAUCCCUCGUUCUUUGAAGCUCAUAUUGGGAAUAAAGAUUGCUCCGAGGAAUCGAUGCUUAAAGUUGGGGAUACACCGCAGACAUUCGUUACAUGGCACUACCCUCGGGCCAUUACGUUAGAGGGUUUACAGGGGCAUGUUGGAUCUGAAGAGUAUGUGAGGCAAUUGAAUGUUUAUAGAAAAGUCCUGCUCUUACCUUUGGCUCAGGACAACGCAUUCGAUGCCCUCAUUCAGCACCAUUGCUCUCUCUCUGUAAUUGACCUUAGAGGUGGUGGUUGGCUCGACCCCCCAGUCCUCAACGGUGGUCUCCGACUAACCCCGAAAAGUGGCCCAGAGGGCCCCAUUCUUACAGCUUCAGAUUGUCAACUCUUUCAAUAUGGCUACGAGGACAUCAGAGAUUCUGACGACCCAGAGGAGCAAAAUUGGCCAUGCUCCCCUCCUCACGAGAGAGGCGGUUCAACCCGCCCCCCACGAGAUGGACUAUUUGAUGACCUCGUCUACUACUGGAGAAACAGGCUCGCACCAGCAUUCGAAUUCAUCGACCCCCCGGCGACGUCUUUUGUAUACUACCCCUUUGAAAUUGCCGUAGCCGAGUGGGCCAACAGCUACGAGGCAAUGGACCUAUUUCUUCAAAAUUAUCAAUCAGUACUGCUGGAUAACAAAAAUAAACCUGACAACAGCAUCAACCAGGCCAGCCACCCCGAUCCUAACGUUUCGAUUCUCACAGCUUUGCGCCGCUGGAUCAUGCCCCACAUCACGCAGCGUCCAAGGGACCGCGGAUAUCUGGUGAAUCAGAUUACAGCCCCUCCGCUUCUUGUCGACGACUAUGAAGUCGUUAUCAACAGCUUGGAACAACUCUCCUCUGCUCUGGAGACCAUCCUUACUCAAUAG